AUGGUACAAAAGAAAUUGAUCCUCUUCUCUUACCUCUUGUCUACAGAUGCCUGUGAUCUCACACUGGACCCAAACACAGCAAACAAACACCUCUCUCUGUCUGAAGGAAACAGAGUGGUGAGAUAUGAGAUUGAGGAACAGCCAUAUCCUGAUCACCCGGAGAGAUUUUAUGACGCUUUUCAGGUUCUUUGUAGAGAGGGUCUGACUGAGCGUCAUUACUGGGAAACGGAGUCAACUGAUGACGUUGUUCUCGGCGUGACGUACAAAGGAAUCAAAAGAAAAGGCAGCAUCAGUAAUGACUUUGUCAUUGGACACAAUGACAAGUCCUGGUGUAUGGAGUACAAAACACAUUUCUGUCAUAAUGGCGCAGAUAUAAAAGUCCACCCCUUUAGGAACCCCUCUAGGCACAGAAUAGGAGUGUAUCUGGACUGGCCGGCCGGCACUCUGUCCUUCUACACGGUCUUCUCUGACACAUUGACCCACAUGUACACAUUCCACACCACAUUCACUGAGCCCCUCUAUCCAGCUUUUGGACUAGUUAACUGUUACCCUUGCUCAGUGUCUUUGUGCCAGGUAGAGUAGACUUCUCGGUCCUGGAGGAACACCUGGGUCUCCAUGACAACAGUCACACACACACCCUUCGGUUCUAACACAACCGUGUGACUUGAUGCGGAUGACUGUGGUCAUGACAAUAAUAAAUCAGAGGAUUAUAUUCCUGUGACUGUACAUCCAUCUUCUGUUAUGUUAGUGCAGUUAUGUAAAAUGCCUUUGACUUUGAA